CAUUGAUUAAUACUGAAAGCAGUCGAUGUCCCCUUCUGUCUGACGAUGUAGCGUGAUCACCCCCCUCGAAAAGAAGAAGAAGAAGAAAAAAAAAUCGAUUUUGAUCCAAGAUCUUCAUCUUCAAAAAACGUGCACGUGCUCUUUUUUUUUCCUUGUUAAAUAUUAAUUUAUUUUUUUAUUUACAAACAAUGUUGAAUAGUUUUGAAAUUUUUCCAAUAAAAGUGUGAGUUUAUUUUGUUUUUAAUUAGUGAUAUUUUUUUUUUUUUGAAAUAAGUUUUUGAUCCACAAGUGUGUUGAAUCUUUAAGAAGCGAUUCAGUGAAUUUUUGUGAAGUUUGUUUUAUAUCUUCCUUUUUUGGAUUUAUUUUAUUUUUCUGAAUAAUAUAUAAAUAUAGAAAAUGACGGCAACGGAACCAUCGAAAGCGGAAGAAGGUGGUGAGGAACGGCGACCAAAAAUUGAAACUUUUGAUGAUAUUUUGCCAUAUGUUGGUGAGGCUGGUCGUUAUCAAUGGCUGCUCUUCGUUAUUUUACUACCAUUUACAUUCGUCUAUGCAUUUCUUUAUUUUGCUCAAUUUUUCAUCACCCUUGUACCCGAGGAACAUUGGUGCAAAAUUCCUGAACUGGACAGAUUGAACCUCACGGAUGAGCAGAUGACAUCGCUAUGGAUUCCAAGAGCAGAUGAGGAUGAAGUUAAAAUGAAUAACAUUCCAUUUUCAAGAUGUAAAAUGUAUAUUGUUGAUUAUGCAAAAGUUUUGGAUGAAAAUUUAACACAAGCCAUAACAUCGUGGCCAAAAGGACCCUGUCAAAAUGGAUGGAAAUUUAAUCAAACAAUGAUACCAUAUCUUUCAAUUGGUGCUGAGUUUGAAUGGGUGUGUGAGAAUACUUACCUGGGUUCAGCGGCACAAUCUGCAUUUUUUGUUGGCAGUAUUGUGGGUGGUCUUAUUUUUGGAUAUAUCGCCGAUCAUUAUGGCCGGAUACCAGCUCUUGUUUCUUGCAAUGCAGUUGGAUUUUUUGCCUCCAUUGCCACUGCAUUGUGCAACAAUUUUGUAUCAUUUGCAAUAUGUCGACUCAUCGUUGGAACAUCAUUUGACAAUUGUUUUAAUAUUUUAUUCAUCAUAGUAAUUGAAUAUGUGGGACCAAAAUAUAGAACGUUGGUGGCAAAUAUGUCUUUUGGAAUAUAUUUUGCUGCCGCAGCUGGUCUUUUACCCUGGAUAGCAUAUUGGAUAGCAGAUUGGAGAAUUUUGAGUGUAGUUACAGCAGUGCCAUUAGUUACUGCCUUCUUGGGGCCAUGGAUAGUGCCCGAAAGUGCCAGGUGGUAUAUCACAGUUGGAAAAGUCGACAAAUCAAUAGAAAUGCUCAAGAAGUUCGAGAAAGUAAAUAGGAAGACUGUAAAGCAAGAAGUUUAUGACGAAUAUGAGAAAAGUUGCAUUAGUAUGAUGCAAAACGAUAAGAAGCACAAUAAAUACACAGUUUUUGAUCUUUUUAAGUUACCUCGUUUAGGAAGAAUUACCGUUAUGCUCAUUAUUUAUUGGCUUUUGAUUAUUUUGGUAUUUGAUGGACAUGUUUGGAACAUGAAAUUACUUCAUCCGGAUGUUUUUACGUCUUUCUCUUUGGCAUCUAUGACGGAACUUCCAGCAGCAAUUUUACUCGCUUUGUUCUUGGACAAAUGGGGACGACGAUGGAUGGGAUUCUUUUCUAUGUUAAUCUGUGGAAUUUUCUCAUUUGUUGCUAUUGUUAUGCCCGAAGGUCCCGCAACAGUGGCUAUGGCAAUUUUGGCUCGACUUGGCGUGAAUAUUGCUGCAAACAUUGGUUUCCAAUAUGCAGCUGAAAUGUUGCCGACAGUUGUUCGCGCUCAGGGAGUAUCUCUCAUUCACAUCAUUGGUUACUUUGCACACAUCAUUGGUCCCUAUGUCAUUUAUCUGGCGGAUGUCGCUGAGGAAUUGCCACUUAUUUGUUUGGGCGUCUUGUCAAUAAUAGACGCACUUUUGACACUUGGAUUACCGGAAACUUUGGAUCAAGAUCUUCCUGAAUCGCUUGAGGAGGGUAAUGAUUUUGGCAAAGAACAGAGCUUCUGGUGGAUUCCCUGUAUCUCAACAUCCCAUGUAAAAAAGAAGAAAUAUAGAAGGAAGUUAGGUGCGACAAAUGCUGGUUUUAAUCCAGGCAGUUUAUCGAGGAUCGAUUCCACCCGAUUGUAGCUAAGUGGCAAAAAUUUAUUAUAAAUUUUUAUCUUUUUCUUUCUUUCUUUUUUUUUUUUUUGUAAAUAGUACCUCAAUUACACUCAUGUGAUUUACAUAUGUAUAAACGUUAAGUCAAGAGAGAGAACCUGAACUGAGUGACCGUUUGUUGUUUUCUGAAAGUAUUUUUUUUUUUUUAUUUUCUUUUUUCAAAUUUGAAAACAAAUUUUUGAUUAACUUUUUCUGGCGUUUUUUUUUUUAAUUUUUUUUUUUUUUUCAAAAUGACUUUUGAAAGAAAAAAUUUUUUUUUAAUGUUACUUUCCUCAUUAACAAAAGACAGAAAAAAAUAAUAAUGGUAAUAGAAACAAAGAAACAAUCUGAGUUGAGAAAAAAAAAAAAUAAUGGUAAAAUCAAAUUUUGCCAUUAUAAAUUACAUUUUUGAUGCAGUUCUAAAAAGAAAAACGUAUAUAGAAAAUUAAAUUAUAAUUUUACUACUUAUAUAAGUGCCUUGGGUUUAAUAUUUUAAGUGUCAUAAUCGAAUUUUAUUAAUAUAUAGAAAAUUUUUUAAAUGAAACAAUUUUUGCUCAAUGAUAAUGAAAAUUAUAUGUGCCUUAUUGAAAAAAAAAUUUUAUUCCCAUUUAAUAUAUUAAAAACUAAUAAAUUUAUUUAAUUAACUGUAUUUUGUUAAAAGAAAAUUUUUCUGUUACUUUUUUUUCAAAAAGAAAAAAAAAUGAUCAUUUUCAUUAUUUAAUCAUCAUUAUAAUAAUAUAUUUUGAUGUCUCGAUAAUGCUCAAUUUGAAAUAUCGUUUUCCAUUCUAGAAGAUAAUAAAGUAGAAUCAUUCGCGUACUUACUAUUGAUUCGCUGAAUCUAGAAAACAAAGAAAGAAUCAAUUGAAUAAUAUUUAAAUUCUCGAAAAAUUGGGAAAAUAUAUUAUUAAUAUCAAUAAUAAUAUUUAUUAAUUAUUAUUAUUAUUAUUUUUAUUAAUAUUUAAGAAAUAAAUUUAUUAAUAAUAAUUAACGAAAAUAUAAAUUUUAUUAUUAGCAACUAUAAAUAUUAUUAUUAAUAUUGAUAAUAAUAAUUUAUUUUUGAGUAUUUAUAGUUGAAAAAUUGAAAUUUAGAAAUAUUUUUGAAUUUAAUGAGAAAUAUCAUUGACUCUUUCUUGCUUGUUAACAAUAUGGUGAAGCAAGCAUUUUUUUUUUUUUUUUUUUAGGAAACUAUAUAAACACAUUAUUGUAGCUAGAAAUGACAGCAUAAAAUAAAUGAAUGUUCAUUAAUUUGUACAGUAUUGGAAUGAAUGUUCAUUAUCGAAAUCGACAUUGCGUGUGUGAUAAUAUUGUAUACCAAAUAUCAGAUAACAAAAUAAAAAAAUUUGGUGUCAAAAAUUUUCUUUUUUGACCCCAAACAGUA